AUGAUGAAUUUCGUUUAAAAGGGACAGCAAUAUUUAUUUAAUGGUAUUGCAUAGGGAGCUCAAGCAGUAGGUAUGGAUUUGUAUAGCCCAUUGAUUGGUGUUGAUCACGUAAUUAUAGAUUAAGAAAUUACUUGGUGGGAGAUGGUCCCAAUAUGCAAUUAAGAAAAUAGAUAUUUUAUUUACGCAACUAACGGCAAUUACUAGUUUAAUCGUUACCCUAAACCUCCUCCUUUGUUAGGAUAAUUUACAGAAACAUCUGGCUACUGUGCUAGAUAAUUAAUGAGAUAAUGUAGGUCUUUUAAUGCUACAUUCAGAUUAGGAAGUUAUCAAGUAGGUAAAUCUAUGGUUCCUUUAAAAUGCCAUUGUCCAGUCAGUUGUUGCUCUUGUCCUUGUGAUAGACCUGAGCUAUAUGUUUCAGAUGCAAGCGAUUAAUUAAUGGGAACACUCAAAAUACCAGGUUAUGGUCCUAUUUGUUGUCCUGCAGGAUAAAAUACUUGUUCAUAAAUGGAAAUUGAAAUGUAUGACCCUUAAGGAAAUGUGAGAUUCAGAAUUUAGUCAGAAUGCUGCUAGAAGAGUGUUGUUUGUAUGCCAUUUAAAUGCUGUGGUUGUGAGUAAACCGAAUAUGUUAUUUUAGAUCCCAAUUAUCAACCCACAGGAGGAGUUAUUAAAAAUCUUUUAAAUGAAUGCAUGACUGAAAUUUUUAGCAGUGCUGAUAUGUUUGCUGUUACUUUUCCUCCUAACUGUUAUCCCUAAGAUAAAGUUUUAUUAAUGCAUGCAGCAAUUUGGAUUGAUUAUUUAUAGUAUAGAGCUUGA